GCCUCUUUUAGAAGGUGAUAUUAGCGGCCGCCGCUCAUAGCUGACAUCAUUAUACUUGUCAUUGGAUGGAGCAGAGUAGAGCAGAGCUUGGGGACUUUACUUUCGCCCCGAUUAUCGGACAACCAGUAGAUAUACUCCACCUGACGGGGCGCCGCAGCAGGACAUAAACCAUCCGUGGAUGGCUACUUAAGACGUCAAGCAAUGUCAAUGUCACCUCGCAUAGUUGCCGUAUUUGGAGCUACUGGAACUCAAGGCUCAUCUGUCGUCCAAGCCCUGCUAGCGGAUGGUACAUUCAUACCGCGUGCAAUUACCCGAAACUCCAAUUCGGAGAAGGCGUUGAAGCUGAAGGCUCUUGGGGCCGAGGUUGCCCAAGCCGAUUUAUGGGACAUCGACUCCUUGAAGCAAGCCCUGUCCGGUGUUGAGGCCGUCUUUGGGGUAACUGACUAUUAUGACCCCAAAAACUUCGCUCAAGGUCACAACAGCGAAAUGCUACUCGGGAAGAAUCUCGUUGACGCUUCUAAAGCAACGGAUGUUAAGUACUUCAUUUGGAGUUCUCUACCGCACUGUACAAGGGUGUCCAACGGGAAGUAUGCAAAUGUUUACCACUUCGACAAUAAAGCUAACGUGGAUGACUAUCUCCGAGACUCCGGUGUACCCCAUUCCAUCCUGUACACCGGCUGGUUUUUGGAGAAUCUUUGGAACUACAAUGCUCUUAUGCCUGUGCUAGAUUCCGAUUGCCUAGAGCUAACCGCGGCCAGAUAUGACCCUCAAUCUCCUCAGUAUUUUACAUGGGUUGAGCGGGACCUUGGCCAGUGUGCAUUGGCACUCCUCAAGCAAUACAAAGAUCGUGAUUCGGAAGUUCUCUCCCGCACGUUCUAUGCCAUCAGUGCAAAGUUGAACUACACCCAAUUUGCAUCAAUCCUUCAGGAGGCAUUGGGGAAGCCGGUAUCCUUUGUGCCAUCCCACACAACUGGAAUGCAGGAAAUGGACGACAUGUAUGCCUUCCAGUCCGAGUUUGGACUGUACCCGCAAACCGCUAUCCCUGAUCCACAUCUGAUCAGUUUGGGAGUGAAGUUCCACACCUUGGAGGAAUUUUCGCAGGAAAUUAAAGGCAGAUAUGCUUGAAUCUUAUUUCGAAGUUUGAACAAGAAUAAUCUCUGUGUGUACUCCUUGACUAAUAUAUGAUCUAUCAUGCAAUCGCGCACAAG